AUGGCUGAUACAUCCUCCUCCUCAUCAUCUUCGGCAUCUUCUGCUUCUGCUCAUGAGCCAACUCAAGAGAAGCCUGCCAAGACUUACGAUGAUGCAUCUGAAUCCUCCGACGAUGACGAUAUCGAUGCUCUGAUCGAAGAACUACAAUCUAACCACGGUGACGAUGACAUCAGUGAAGACGAUGGCCCAGUUGCCGCCGGUGAAGCUAGACUAAUUCCAGAAGAAUAUUUACAAACUGACCCAUCUUACGGUUUAACUUCCGACGAAGUCUUGGGAAGGAGAAAGAAGUAUGGUUUGAAUGAAAUGGCUGACGAUAAAGAAUCGUUGGUUAUCAAGUUUGUCAUGUUCUUUGUCGGGCCAAUUCAAUUCGUUAUGGAAGCCGCUGCUAUCUUGGCUGCCGGUUUGUCCGAUUGGGUCGAUUUCGGUGUUAUUUGUGGUUUGCUAAUGUUAAAUGCUGGUGUUGGUUUCAUUCAAGAAUUCCAAGCCGGUUCUAUUGUCGAUGAAUUGAAAAAGACUUUGGCUAACACUGCUGUUGUUAUCAGAGACGGUCAAUUAGUUGAAAUUCCAGCUAACGAAGUCGUCCCAGGUGAUAUCUUGCAAUUGGAAGAUGGUACUAUUAUCCCAACUGAUGGUCGUAUUGUCACUGAAGACUGUUUCUUGCAAAUCGAUCAAUCUGCUAUUACUGGUGAAUCUUUGGCCGUCGACAAACAUUACGGUGACCAAACUUUCUCUUCUUCCACUGUUAAGAGAGGUGAAGGUUUCAUGGUUGUUACCGCUAUCGGUGACAACACUUUCGUUGGUAGAGCUGCCGCUUUGGUUAACAAAGCCUCCGGUGGUCAAGGUCAUUUCACUGAAGUUUUGAACGGUAUUGGUAUUAUCUUGUUGGUUUUGGUCGUUGCCACUUUGUUGGUUGUCUGGACUGCUUGUUUCUACAGAACUAACGGUAUUGUUAGAAUCUUGAGAUACACUCUAGGUAUUACUAUUAUCGGUGUUCCAGUCGGUUUGCCAGCUGUCGUUACCACCACCAUGGCCGUUGGUGCUGCUUACUUGGCUAAGAAGCAAGCUAUUGUUCAAAAAUUGUCUGCUAUUGAAUCCCUGGCCGGUGUCGAAAUCUUGUGUUCUGACAAGACCGGUACUUUGACCAAGAACAAGUUGUCUUUGCACGAACCAUACACUGUUGAAGGUGUUUCUCCAGAUGACUUGAUGUUAACUGCUUGUUUGGCUGCUUCCAGAAAGAAGAAGGGUUUGGAUGCUAUCGAUAAGGCUUUCUUGAAAUCUUUGAAGCAAUAUCCAAAGGCUAAGGACGCUUUGACCAAGUACAAGGUUUUGGAAUUCCAUCCAUUUGACCCUGUUUCCAAGAAGGUUACUGCUGUUGUUCAAUCUCCAGAAGGUGAAAGAAUUGUUUGUGUUAAGGGUGCUCCAUUAUUCGUCUUGAAAACUGUCGAAGAAGACCAUCCAAUCCCAGAAGAUGUCCAUGAAAACUACGAAAACAAGGUUGCUGAAUUGGCUUCUAGAGGGUUCCGUGCUUUAGGUGUUGCUAGAAAGAGAGGUGAAGGUCACUGGGAAAUUUUGGGUGUUAUGCCAUGUAUGGAUCCACCAAGAGACGAUACUGCCCAAACUGUUAGCGAAGCUAGACAUUUAGGUUUGAGAGUUAAGAUGUUAACUGGUGAUGCCGUCGGUAUUGCUAAGGAAACUUGUAGACAAUUAGGUUUGGGUACCAACAUUUACAACGCUGAAAGAUUAGGUCUAGGUGGCGGUGGUGACAUGCCAGGUUCCGAAUUAGCUGAUUUUGUUGAAAAUGCCGAUGGUUUCGCUGAAGUUUUCCCACAACACAAAUACAGAGUUGUCGAAAUCUUACAAAACAGAGGUUACUUGGUUGCUAUGACUGGUGAUGGUGUUAACGAUGCUCCAUCUUUGAAGAAGGCUGAUACCGGUAUUGCUGUCGAAGGUGCUACCGAUGCUGCCAGAUCUGCUGCUGAUAUUGUUUUCUUGGCUCCUGGUUUAUCUGCUAUCAUUGAUGCUUUGAAGACUUCUAGACAAAUUUUCCACAGAAUGUACUCCUACGUCGUCUACCGUAUUGCUUUGUCCUUACAUUUGGAAAUUUUCUUGGGUCUAUGGAUUGCUAUUUUGGAUAACUCUUUGAACAUUGAUUUGAUUGUUUUCAUUGCUAUUUUCGCUGAUGUUGCUACUUUGGCCAUUGCUUACGAUAAUGCUCCUUACUCUCCAAAGCCCGUCAAGUGGAACCUACCAAGAUUAUGGGGUAUGUCUAUUAUCUUAGGUAUUAUUUUGGCUGUCGGUUCUUGGAUUACUUUGACUACCAUGUUUUUACCAAAGGGUGGUAUCAUCCAAAACUUCGGUGCUCUAAACGGUAUUAUGUUCUUACAAAUUUCCUUGACUGAGAACUGGUUGAUUUUCAUCACCAGAGCUGCUGGUCCAUUCUGGUCUUCUAUUCCAUCAUGGCAAUUAGCUGGUGCCGUCUUCGCCGUCGACAUCAUCGCUACCAUGUUUACCUUAUUCGGUUGGUGGUCUGAAAACUGGACUGACAUUGUCACUGUUGUCCGUGUCUGGGUCUGGUCUAUUGGUAUCUUCUGUGUCUUGGGUGGUUUCUACUACGAAAUGUCUACCUCAGAAGCCUUUGACAAGGUGAUGAACGGUAAGCCAUUGAAGGAAAAGAAGUCUACCAGAAGUGUCGAAGAUUUCAUGGCUGCUAUGCAAAGAGUGUCUACUCAACACGAAAAGGAAACCUAA